AUGCGAGAAAUAUUCAGCAAUCUCUUGUUUCUACUAUUUCUAAAAGAUUUCUUUGUUGACGGCUGUGAGAAUGGAUUGACACAAUUGAGGCAACGAGCAACGCUGAAUAUCAUGAAAUGCGUGCCCACUUUACAGGGUCAAGCCGAUCCAUGUGUGAUUCAAACGGGCGGUCGGAUGGCUUUUUGUCAAAAGGAUCGAGAUGGAGACGAUUUUGUGUGUUGUGGGACGACGGCCCUGUUGAUCGAAUUGAUAGCACCGAACUCGAAUUUACAGACACGGUCGAUUGACCCAAGCAACUACUACAAAGAUUCAAACAGUGCGAUGACCGUCUUGAAACAAGAGUACAAAACAGUCCGUCGAGCUCUUCCCCAAAUGAGUCUGCCCUCACAAUCGCCAGUGAUCCUACAGAAAUCGAGCCAUAUGAAGAAAUAUUUCAAAACGAAUUUGAGUGUUAUGAGAUCCCCAAUAACCCUUUCGCUUCUCUCUUCACCAGUUCUUCGAUCGGCCGGACCAAACUCUUGGGAAACGAAACCAGCCGUCAUUUUAUUACAGGAUGGAAUCUGCAACGUUUUGGUAAAUACCGGCCUACCGGCGCAAGGACCCGAGAUUGUUGAGGCGUUGGCCACUCGGGGUGUGGCGGAGGCUCGUUUCAUGGUUGCUACCUCGUCUCACAUGCAAUUCACCGGGAAUCUCAAUCUUUACCCGAGAGCACAAAUCAUUGUUGGCCGCUGGCAUGCUCGAGACACGAUCAUGACAAGGUGGAACACGGGAAAAGGCUACCGAAUGGAUCUUUGCUCAUCCUCAAUCUAUACCGUACCCACUCCGGGUCCAUCAGAUGAUUCAAUUACCGUUUUUGCGGCUAACGUUCCCGCAAUGGGAACAGUGGCCAUUGUUGGUCUCCUCUUUGCCGAAGCUGAACCAUUGGACCGAACGUCAACUCUGUGGGUGGCGAGUACAGCGACCACUUUGCAAUCCAGGAAAAUGGUUGUAUGUUCAGCUGAUUGGAUCCAACCAGCUUAUGGAAUGCCUUUUCCCGUGACUCCACAAAUGAGAAAAGAGGCAGGAUGCUCAAAACAUUUGAUA